AUGCUAUGAAUAUACAGACAUUGCGACAAAUUAAAAAUAGCCCAUAUUCAUUAAUAUUUGGUCAAAACCCUUUACACCACUUUUCAUUAUUAAAAGAGAUCAAAGAGCAACAAAUUGUAGAAUCGCUUUUAGGAGCCGCAGCUUUGAAUAAGCAACAAUUACUGAAACAGAUUACUGAAGAAGCGAAUGAAACAAGGGAUAGAGAAAUGAAUGAAAUAGUAAACGUGAAUAAAGAGAUGGACAACAUAGUGGACAAAAGGGUGAAUAAAGAG